AGUAGCACUUACCGUUGAAGAAAACUGCAGCUCCCAUGAUGCACUCCGGCUUAGCUUUAUCUGCUGUUCAUGGCGUCUAUCUCAGGGCUAAGGACAAGUUGCGUUCUGACGGCUGGAUAAACAUUAAGUUGAAAGGUUUCCCUGCUAGCUGUCACCGACUGGCACCAACAUGGAAGUGGAGAGUGUCAGCGCGGAGGAACAGAAACAUCUGACCCAGAAAAGGUUCGAAGCCGCGGUGAAAGUUAUCAAGAGUUUACCCCCGAACGGUCCCUUUCAGCCAUCAAACGACAUGAUGCUAAAGUUCUACAGUUACUACAAACAGGCCACUAUCGGGCCGUGUAAUAUUCCCCGACCCGGCUUCUGGGACGUGGUUGGCAAAGCAAAAUGGGAUGCGUGGAAUUCUCUUGGAGAAAUGUCUGAAGAAGAAGCAAUGGCGGCCUACGUCGACCAAAUGAAGCUGAUCCUGGAGGGAAUGCCAAUGACCGACGAGGUGGAGGAGCUGCUUCGCAUCCUCGGACCGUUCUAUGAACUGAUUGACGAGAAGAAAAAAAUCACACAGAUAUCGGACCUGAGCACUGGAUUUGGAACAAUGCUGAACUCGAUGGAAUCAAAAAGUGUCGCGAAAAGCAUCAUCAGAAACAUGGAGAUGAACGGCACUCUGGAGACCCGGCCUGCCAGGCUCGGACCAAAUGAAGAAGUGGAAGAGGAGGAGGAGGAUGAAGAUGAAGAGGAGGAGGAAGAGGAGGAGAAAGGAGACACAAUGGAGAUCAGAAAGGCAACUCAACCCAAGAAGAAGAGUUCCACCAGGAGACACAAAGCGUCGCUCCAGAACGGGAAGCUGUCCAACGGCGGAUCCCAGCUGGCCAAUGGCGGCCAUCAGAGCGCCGACGGCGAGCACAACUCCUUCGCCAGGGAGCCUCUGACCAACGGACACCAUGCAGACACCAGAACCAGCCAGGUGACCAGCGACUCUGACAGCGAAGUCUACUGUGACUCUGUGGACCAGUUCGGCCAGGAAGAGAACUCUGAGCAGAACCGCUCUCUGGACGACCUGGAGGAAGAGGACAGCCACUUCCUGGAGGGAGAUCAGGAUCCGCCGCAGGCCGCGAUGCGCAGAGGGGAAGAGAAGGAGACGGGAGGGACGGCGUCUCUGAGGCUGGACAGAUGGGGACGGGGAGAGGACGGACCAGCUGGACAUUCAGGCUACAGGUCCCUCGGUCGGGGAUCCCAGCUGCACUACAGUGGGGACGGACCGGAACCGGCCGGACCGGUACCGCCCAGAGCCAGCCUGGAUGAGCAGAUCGUGGCGGCGUUGGCCCGGGUUCAGGAAGACAUCCAGAGCGUUCUGGAGAGGAUGAGAACCGUGGAGGCUCUAACCACCAACCUGGCUAGAUCAGUGAGUCUGCCUUCCUACGGAUCGCCUCCGGGCAACAAGAGGAAUCGGAAUCCAUCAUGGUGGCCUUUCGACAUUUCACCAACCAGUCUGGCCUUCGCCGUUAUCUGGCCGUUUGUGGUUCAGUGGCUCAUCCGUCUGUACUUCCAGAAAAGAAGAAGACGAAUCAACUGAUGCAGUUUCUGGCAAGACUGUAACGAAUCCCUACACUGUUGGGCUGCAGCUUCUUUCGUCCUAAUUAAAGUAAUUUGCUUUUGCACUUCGAAGAAGGAACCUUGGAGCAAAGAAAGAGAAGAGUCUGGAGUUUGGGCGAAACACGAAAGCUUCUGACUUAUGAGAACGUUUGUGAACUAUUGUAGCUUCUCGAUUAUUUCCCUAACUUUGGCUCCGUUGCACAAAUUUUCCACAAUUUUCUUAGCUGCCCAGGAGAUGCUGCUAUAUUAAGAUGUGAUUAAAACUGUAGAAAACAUUUAAUGAAUGUAAAACUGUUGAGUUGUGAGUCCUUACUGGUAAUAUUUAUUGCUUUUAAUGAGUAAAAAUCCAAUAAUUUUGUUGUAGAUUGCUUCAUAUCAGGAUGUGCUUUAUGUCUGGUUGGUCCAAGUUUUCACUUUCAUUCUCUAGGAAAAAGUGCCUCGUCAUCAAAAUGUAGAGGGCAUUACGUUCAGCUCUUCCAAGUUUGGACCAAAUUACAGCUAAACAUGAGAAUAUUUCACUGAAAUUGCUAAUUAUUUAACAAAACAAUCCAACAAAAAACAUUGUUUUUGUUUUAUGUCUUGCGUAAUUUUGAUCUCCUGUCUGCAAAGCAAAGACUUCUGUACAAAUUAUAUACAGUAGCUGUACAGUUCAGACCUAAAUGCAAUAUUUUAAUUGCAUCUGUGUAUUAAUUGUAGAUUAAUCUUUAAUAUUUACAAAGGUUGACAUGCUAAUUAAAGCUGAUCUUUUCAGAGAAAACCAGUUUUAAUAAUAAUAAAAAAAUGGUUUACCUUUCUAUUAAAAUGUGCUACAGGCUUUUUCACCCUUUCUGCCUGUGCAGAGUGGUGUGUGCAUGUGAUAAACACAGCUUGAAUUAAAGUUUUGACCAAA